AUGACAAUAACGUUUUGUAGAAAUCUUGAUCAACUGCAAUUAGUUGCCUGUUUGACUAUAAUUGUUGAUGGAUUAAAAAUUUCAUUUGCACUUACGGAUAUUAUAAUAGAAGAGUUUGAAAAUCGGCAUAGUAUAUUAAAAAGAGUCAACAAAGUUGCAGAGCAGUGGUAUUUUAAAAUUUUAGUGAUUAUUGGACUGUUGUGUCUUAUGGUUAUUGAAAUACUAUUUAUUGUAUUAAUUGUCAAUAUUUAUCAAAAUAUUCCUGUUGAUGAAGCAUACAGUGACGAAAGUGAAUCUCAUGAUUUUAAUAGUGAACUGUCAGUCAAUAGAUUGUUAGGAGACUUUGAUUCUGAUUCAAUCAUUACUGUAGAUGGAAUUACUAUACCAGCUUUAAUGGUGCAGACAAAGUCUUCUAUACAAGGAGCUAAUGGACAGAUAUCGUAG